AUGUCCAAGACCUUCCCAUAUAAUAAUCAAACAAGCCCUGAAGCGGUCGAACUUCACGCGUUAUCGCCUCCGGCAAGCAGUGCAAGACUGCGCGGCAACUACCCGAGCGUAGAAGAUACUUUGGAAAGCAACACCAUCUUCGAGAUGAAUGCCCCCCCGCUUCGCGAAAUAGCUUCAGACGGAUCCAUCCCGGCAUCAGCCCGAAGAUUGCUCUUUAAGCUUGGAUGCUCGUUCUUUAUAUUCGGUCUUAUCAACAACGUCCUCUAUAUCGUAAUUCUGUCUGCUGCACUGGACCUUGUUCCUCCUUCCACUCCCAAGGGAAUCAUCGCAUUUUGCAACAUAUUUCCCGCUCUCAUCGCCAAAGUUGGCUGGCCCUAUGUCCUCAAAGGACGGAUACGUUAUGCCAAACGACUUAUAGGAUGCUGCGCCAUCAGUGUCUGUGGUAUGAUGGUUGUCGCGCUCUUCGACAGCCUCAUGAUGAGACUUCUGGGCAUUUGUUUUGCGUCUUUCUCCUCGGGGCUCGGAGAACUGACGUUUUUGCAACUAUCAACGAGGUAUCUCCCACCAAGUGUGGCAGGCCAUAGCUUAGGGUACUUCUCAGCCGGUACCGGUGCUGCCGGACUUGUCGGCGCAUCGCUCUGGUGGUUUGUCAGAGGUUUUGGGGUGCGAACAGGAGUCGGAAUCUCUUCAAUUCUCCCACUUGUUAUCCCACUGGCUUACUAUCUGCUGCUGCCUCGGCCAGAAGUAUUUGCCGAGCUGCCCGUGCCCCCUUUGGACGAAGAGGAGGAUACUGCACUUGCGGCGGAGUACACUCCCCUUCCAACAGAUGAUGAAGAUACGCCUAUCAUUACCAAGUCUGCAGUGGCCUUAUCUAUUCGUGACAAAUGGGCGCUCGUCAAGCCGCUAUUAAUGAAGUUCAUGUUUCCUUUGUCUAACGACACAGCCCAGUCUGUGUAUACCUCGCGAGUCUAUCAAUGGCGGACAGUGAUCAAUAACACUGAUGCUUGGAUGCGAGCAGGGUGUGGCGCCUACCCUAGUAUACCCAGUACCAUCCCCGGACCGCUACUGGCUUCUGAGCAAGAUCAUUCACUCUAUUCGCGACUAUUAUCCUCUGUGGCAGCUCGUAUAUCAAACGACGGUCUUCCUCUCACGGUCGUCCAUCUCGCUUGGUUUGCCACCAUUGCCUCCUCGUCUGCUCAGCCUGCCUGCAUUCGUUCAGGCAGCAAUACUCACGAUAUUGGUUAUUGA